AUGUCUGCGCUGGCAGGACCUGCGGCUCCCAUCGUGGUACCGAUCGCAGCAAGUAUCGUACUCGCCUUAUGGGUUCGCGAUGUGUAUCAGACGUCCCACGCAGUGCUUCGGCGCUUCAUGUGCUACAUUGUCGACUUAACUCUAGUGUUGCAAACACUUUAUCUUGUGUCAACAAGUCAAGAAUUAACUUGCAGGGUUAUCAAGCUCGUGGUCGCUUCUUACAUUGCCUCACCAGUGAGCGGAGAAGUUCACGCCAAAAUUCAGGAGUAUGAUAGGGGACUAUCAUUCCUUGAACGCGCGGAUCGUGACACAUUGGACAAGAUCGUCGAGCUCAUGCAAUUCUAUAGCAUCGGUGCAGAAAGAAUUUCUGAAUUUCGAGCACAGAUUCCACCUGUAGAUUUGUUCUUGGACGAACCAUGGGAAGUUGAGGUGUAG